UUUGGCAUUUUGAUAAUAUUAAACAUCGGAAAAAUAUCGUUAAGUUUCAGUGCGUUAAAUAAAAGUACAAAAGUUAGAGCAGCAGACAAUAUGGACAAAAAGAAGAAACUUCAAAGCUUUUCUGAUGCUGGCAAUUGCUCGACUGACUGUUCAUUGGGAGCUGUCGCAAAUAGACCUCGGCGCAGUCUCAGCUCAAGCAGCAGUGGUGAAAGCAGCAAAAGUGGCGGCAGUAGCAGCGACAGCGAUUCGUCAGACAACGAACAUGCUACCGAAAAUAAGUGUGCUGAUUUGGAGAAUAUUAUGUCAGAUGCAGAGACCAAUGCAGUCUUUCGAAUGGAUGAGUAUUUCAGGGAGAAGUACCUAGACAGAUUAGCCGUUGAGUUCAAGUCCGAAUGGCCAGAAAUUGAUUCUGAUAUGGCCGCUAGUCAGCCAAGUCUCAUGCGGAUGCCCAACUUUAUGCCGUUCGAUCAGAAGCCCUACGAGAUGCUGGACUAUAAAGAUGAAGCUUCCAAAGAGGACCUUAGAGAUUGUGAGUUACGAGACUAA